GCCGAGGAGACAAGAAACCCAGCAGUAGAUAUACCAAUAGGAUUACUUGGGUCUAUGUCCUGCAUCAUAGUGAUAUACUGCUUGAUGGCUCUUUCACUGAGUAUGAUGCAGCCUUACUCAAAUAUAGAUCCUGAUGCAGCAUACUCACUCGCGUUUCAGAGUGUGGGAUUGAAGUGGGCAAAGCCGCUGGUAGCUCUUGGUGCACUUAAGGGAAUGACAACAGUGCUACUAGUUGGAUCACUAGGCCAAGCCCGAUACAUGACUCAUAUAGCACGAGCACACAUGAUCCCACCAGUAUUUGCUUUUGUACACCCGAAAACAGGCACUCCUAUAAAUGCCACACUCUUAACAACCAUCUUAAGUGCCAGCUUUGCAUUCUUCUCAAGCUUAGACACAUUGUCAAGCUUGUUAUCUAUCAGCACCUUGUUUAUCUUCAUGAUGAUGGCGGUAGCACUCCUCGUGAGAAGGUACUAUGUGAAAGGUGUCACCAGUAGCAGAAAUCUGAAGACACUGAUUGGUUUAUUGUUGAUCAUCAUUGCUGCUUCGAUAGGUAGCGCAGCGUAUUGGAGUUCAAAUCCCAAUGGCUGGUUAGCAUAUACUAUAACAGUCCCUUGUUGGUUUUUGGCAACCACGGGUAUAGCACUCAAGCUGCCUCAACAGCGUACACCAAAGGUCUGGGGUGUCCCUUUGGUCCCGUGGCUACCAUCCUUAUCUAUCGCCAUCAAUGUGUUUCUGAUGGGUUCAUUAAGGGCUGAAGCUUUCAUUAGAUUUGGCAUUUGUACUGCUGUAAUGUUGAUCUACUAUGUACUCUUUGGUCUCCAUGCAACUUAUGACAUGGCACAUCAGGACCACUUGGAAAUCCAGAAGGUUCCUGACAACAGCGCAGCUUAA